ACGGCGUAUGCUGAAAUGUCUGAAAUUACUUUUGCUUCAGUGCGCGGCGCGCAGCCCGAGGACGCGCAGCCCCGCGCUGAGAACAGAUGGCUGAUAUCUGACUAUCAUCAUUCAAGCAGGUCUAACAGGAUUUUAAAGAUGGAGUUUUGGAUUUUGUCUAUAUGCUGGAUCAGCUUGAUGCUUAUAUCAUCCAGUGUUCAGGGGGUUGCAGGCCAAACACAAAGCGCUUAUUUCCUCCCUGAGUUUGCACUUUCUCCACAAGGCAGUUUUCUGGAAGAUACCACAGAGGAGCAAUACCUCACCUAUCGCUACGACGACCAGUCCUCAAGAACGACACGCUCAGAUGAGGAGAGGGAUACGGGCUGGGAUGCCUGGGGUGCGUGGAGCGACUGCUCUCGUACCUGUGGAGGCGGAGCCUCUUAUUCUCUACGCAGGUGUCUCAAUGGAGGAAACUGCGAGGGCAAAAACAUCCGCUACAGAACGUGCAGCAAUACAGACUGUCCUCCAGAGUCAGGUGACUUCAGGGCUCAGCAAUGCUUCGCCCACAAUGACAUCAAGUACCAGGGGCAAACCUACGAAUGGAUUCCCGUGACGUAUGACCCUGUUUCCCCCUGCGCUCUCAGAUGUCAGGCUCGAGGAAGAAACCUGGUGGUGGAACUAGCACCCAAAGUGUUGGACGGCACUCGAUGUAAAGCCGACUCUCUGGACAUGUGCAUCAAUGGAAUCUGUAAGGAAGUUGGCUGUGACAGACAGCUGGGAAGCAACGCAAAAGAGGAUAAUUGUGGUGUGUGCGCUGGAAACGGCUCCACUUGCCGCCUGGUCCGGGGUCAGGCGCUGCCUCACCUGUCACCUGAAGAACCCGUGAAGACUUUGUUUGAAGUGCCGACGGGAAGCAGAGGACUCCGAAUUACAGCCAAAGGUCCAGAUGUGAUUGUUAUUGAAGCCCACGCACCAAACAGCCGGAGAGAAGAGAUUGUUUUCAGCUCUGUUGGCUCUCACAUUCUGGGUAACAACACCAUUGAGUACCAGAGAGGAACGGAGAGACAAACCCUCAGAUGCCUUGGGCCGCUGUCUGCGGAUAUUACCAUUAAGGUGAAGUAUGCUGGCCCUAAAGACACAGUAUUGCAGUUUAUGUUUUACCAGCCCAUUCGCUACCAGUGGAGAGAGACCGACUUCUUUCCCUGCUCUGUGACCUGUGGAGGGGGUUAUCAGCUAAAUUCGGCCGAUUGCAUCGACAUCCGUUAUAACAAAACGGUCGGGGAGCAGUUCUGUCACAGCUACCCCGAGAACAGCAAACCCAAGCCCAAACUCAAGGAAUGCAACAUGGAUCCCUGUCUGGAAAGUGAUGGAUUUAAAGAAGUGAUGCCCUAUGACCAUUUCCAGCCUCUUCCACGGUGGGAGCAGAACCCAUGGACGUCAUGUUCAGUAUCUUGCGGAGGUGGGACUCAAGAGAGAAGUAUAGUGUGCGUAGAGGAAGACGUCCACGGUCAGAUCGUGCAGGUUGAGGAGUGGAAAUGCACGCAUUCACCACGACCAAUCAGCAAACAGGACUGCAACAUGUUUGACUGUCCACAGUGGAUGGCAAUGGAGUGGUCUCAGUGCACGGUUACCUGCGGCCCAGGUUUGCGGUACAGAGUUGUGCUGUGUGUGGAUCAUAGGGGACAACAUGCUGGUGGCUGCAACCCUCACCACAAACCCCAUAUCAAAGAGGACUGCCUGGUACCCAUCGCCUGUCACAAACCAAGAGAGACCCAACCUAUAGAGGCCAAGCUUCCCUGGUUAAAACAGGCUCAAGGAUUGGAGGAAACCAAAGUAGCCUUGGAAGAUCCAACGUUUAUUCCGGGUCCUUGGACGGCAUGCAGUGUGUCUUGUGGUCUGGGACUUCAGAGGCGUCAGGUGAAAUGUAAAGUCCUGCUGUCUUUUACUCAAACUGAAGUGGACCUGCCUGAUGAAGAGUGUGAUGAAGAAAAGCCUCCAACACAAAGGGCCUGUGAUUCGGGGCCCUGUUCUGAGUCUCCAGACUCACCGUGGUGGCCCCUCGGACCCCAGGAGAUCCCUGAGCAGCACAGCUAUGUUUGGGAAUACAUGGGAUUCACUGCCUGCUCAGCGUCCUGUGCUGUUGGCAAGCAGAUGGCUGUUGUCAGGUGCGUGAGCACCUUGAAAAAGGAAAUUGUUGAUGACGCGCUCUGCAGCGGCUCCAGAGCAUCUCUCUCCUUGUUUCGCAUCUGUAACCCUCAACCAUGUCCUGCAAGAUGGGAAGUGAGCGAGUGGAACGCGUGCUCUGUGUCCUGUGGUGUGGGACUGCAGACACGCAGUGUGUCAUGUGUAAGACCGGUGGCCGGAAACCGCACUGAACCAGCGUCCAGUAAAGACUGUGUGGAGACCAGACCUCCAGAGCUACAGGCCUGUAAUCAGGUGAAGUGUCCGCCAGCGUGGGUGACUGAAGAGUGGCAACAGUGCUCUCAUACAUGCGACAGAGGUUCACAGUGGCGUAAAGUUUACUGUAAACAGAGACUGUCUACAGGAAGCUACCGUAGGUUAAGAGACGAUGAGUGUGCUGGAAACAAACCGGUGACGCAUCGGACGUGCAUCAACUCUGACUGUCUCAUGCCUCGUCUGGAGGGAGGAGAGUGGUCCAAGUGCUCUGUUACGUGCGGUAAAGGCGUUCAACGUCGGGAACCAGUGUGUAGGAGACAGACGACGUCUGGGCAAUUGGUUACUCUGGACAGGUCGGCCUGUAGUAACCUUCCCCUUCCUCCUUUAAUCAGGAGCUGUCGCAUGAGUCCCUGCAGCAAGAACAAAUACUCCAAAAAACGUUGUCCUCAAGUCAUGGGCCUGAAGCGCAUCUACAUCCAAACCAGACAGGAGAAACGUCUUACCUUUACCAUUGGAGGACGCGCCUAUCUUUUGCCCAAAACCUCGAUCACCAUCAAGUGUCCGGUGCGUCAUUUCCCUAAAGCUCAGAUCCGCUGGGAGAAGAACGGUAGCGAUCUGAAAAGUUCAAAACGUCUGAGCAUCACCAAGUCUGGAGCUUUAAGGAUCUACAACCUGGACGCCGGAGACAUCGGAGUGUACCAUUGCUGGGCCAACCAAGAUUCAGACAUGUUUAUCCUGAAGCUCAUCGGCCACAAUAAUCGACUCCUGGAACAUCCCGAAGGGAAGGAAGCUUUGGACAAGGAGAAACGUCUCCAUCAUUCCCUCAACAAAGAGAGCAGUUAUGCUGGGGUUAAGUGUCAGGAGCAGAAGGGAUUAUCACCUGUAAAGAAGGCUCCAAAAUCUCUCCCAAGCUGGAUGCAAAAGAACGAGUUUUACAGAGAUGAUAACGGUCAGCCUGAGGAACUCUGGGAUACUCUUGCAUCAAGCAACAAUCCUUUGGCUCCAGGGAUCAGGGGCCAAACAGGCGCCUUUGUUCUUGAACCGGCACAGUUCGAGGAACUCGUAAAGAACAUCACUCUGCUUGCAGAGAGCGGAGAUGUGACAGAUGAAAUGGCGUCGCAGCUAAUUACCAAAAUCAUGGAAGAUUUGGCUAUAACAAAGCAAGGUGCACCUACUGAGGAUCUGGGAGUUACAAUGGACAAUCAUUUUGAUAAGACCCCAAACUCUUCCAAACCCUCAUGGGGAAAGGGGUUGAAAAGAGGCAGUGGGGCUGUGAUCAUACGUCAAAAGCACCACAGGUCUACAAUGAGCUUUCAGAGGGAUCUCCAGAUUCACGUGGGGCAGACUGCUUACCUCACCAAUGCUACCCACAGUCUCACCCUGCUUUGUUCUGCCCAGGGUUUACCUCAUCCAACCCUGUCCUGGAGCAAAGAUGGAGCUCCACUGCAGAAAAGCGAAAGGAUUUCAUGGGACGGCAGUGAAGAAGUCCACAUCUCGGGCCCUGGUACUAAAGAUGUAGGCAUCUACAAAUGCACAGCCACCAACCACUUGGGUUCAGAUUCAGAGACAUCAAAAGUUCUAUUGGCUGAACAUCCCACGAUUGCCGUCUCACGUGGAAACUCUUCAGAUCUAAACAGCAGCAGUCGGAAGGUUGUGGUCGGAGGUCCUGUCGAUAUCCGCGUUGGUGCCAACCUCACCCUGGAAUGCCCUGUCAAAGGUGUUCCUAAACCAACAGUGAGCUGGCAUCGUAAGGAGGGCCCGUUGAGCACCAGCACCGCUCUCCUACCAAACGGUUCUUUGAUCCUGAGGAAUCUCGCGCCGCAAGACUACGGCAUCUACUCCUGCGUGGCUGCCAAUGAUAUUGGAAAAUCGGUGGCUUCCAGUCUGCUCCGCGUGGCGGGAGGACCUCUGGGUGAAUCUGAGCAUUUAAAGGAGAUGAACAGAAAAAGAGUUCUGAUGGCUUCUCUGAUCGGCACCAGCAUUACAGUCAAACCUGGAGAUAUUUUAAGAAUAGGUUGUCCAGUGGUCCCGAGCCACAGGAAGCCCAUCACGUGGUCCUAUCAGAACCAGACCCUGAAGCAGAGCCCAGGCACAAGGUACCGCACACUGGUAGGAGGGCGGGUUCUGGAGAUAAACACGCUCGGUGGGAAAUUUGAUGGACGCUACGAGUGCCAAACGCAAACCAACGACAACAAUCUCACCGCUUGGGUUUAUGUGCUUUCACAAGAGUUUAAGUGGCGUCUGGGCGAGUGGAGCUCUUGCAGUGCUUCGUGUGGUAAGCGUGGGGUUCAGAUGAGGAAAGUGCAAUGUCUGACAUCAGAGGGCCAGGAGACGCACCCUUCAGUCUGCCAUCACCUCCCCAAACCUAUCAGUCAACCGCGGGCGUGCAACCUGCUGGACUGUCCUCCCAGCUGGGUGUCUACAGUGUGGUCCAAAUGCUCCAGUGCCUGUGGGCGGGGCUUCAGAGAGAGGCGGGUCUCUUGUCAGCAGGUGCAGGCAUCAGGGAGCGUGAGGGUCCUGCCCAGCUCCGAGUGUAAGGAGACCCAUCGGCCUGAAGACAAGGAAGAUUGCACCUCGCACGCUUGUGCAGAGUGGAUCACUGGUCUCUGGGGCAAGUGCACAGGUCGUUGUCUGGGACCCGCGGUGGCCACACAGAUCAGGACUGUAUCGUGUCGACAUUUCGGCAACUCUACAAUCAAAACAUGCAACGCGAAACAAAAUGUCUACUGGUGGCAGACCAUCAUAUGUCCAAAGAGUUCUUUUCGCCUAUGAUUUAUCUCUCCCCUAUUUUACGUGUAUUAAUUUAAGAGACAUGAAUUUUUGUUGUGGAUAUCGGAAGACAACUCCUGUUGGACCGUUCUCUUAUGGGAAGGAAGAUUAAAAUGAUAUUGGGUGUAAAUACAGUACUGAGGUAUAUCAGCAAGACGACAGCUUAUCAAAAUGCCCAUACCUUAAUAGUGAGUGAUUUGAAUAUGACAGAAGACCUGUUAAUGUUUUCAAGUCUAUUAGAUGUACUUUUUUGUGCUGCAUUGUAAAAUAUGUCAUGUAUAUAAUGUGUUUUUAAGUGCAAUAUUGUACAUUGAGUGGAGAAAAUUUGGAUUUUAUUUUCAUACCUCUUGAUUUAGUUUGUCUUUAUAAUCCAUAUUUAAGACCGUAAACAGCAAAGCUUGCACACAUAUAGCAUUUUAUGUGAAUGAUUCGUAUCUCUUAAUUAUAAUGGUUUGUUACUGGCUUUCGAAUGCAUGCAUUUUCAUCAAAUGUUGUAAUAGGUACAUAAACCACUCACAGAAUUUAAUUCAUGAAUUUAAUCGAUUGCAUUACAGUACGACUCACCAGUUUGGUACUCAUGUCAAUAUAUCAGAAAAUUUUACGUGAUACGAAUACAAUAAAUACGAUUUUACCAAUUA